GCCGGUCGCCAUUAGUUACCCGCGCGAGACGCACAACACACGGCUGCUGCGGGCGGACGGGCUGACGCUCAGGUGCUGCCGGCGUCUCGAGGCCCUCAGGCGGCCAGCAGGCUGUGCCAGGUGAGGUGCCCACUUCUACCAUGGAGCUCUGCUUAUUGAAGUCAGAGUGCAGGAAGGCGGCACUGGAGGAGAGUCUGAGAAGGGCCAAGUGUGCCAUCGAGCACCAGGCACAGAAGCUGAGGAAGCGACAGGCUGGCAUUCUGGACCACAUGGCCAUUGCGGACAUCCUGGCAGCUCAGCAGAAGAUCCUGACACUAAAAACCUCCAAAGUGCCACUCUGGACGCAGCAUCUCAGGUCACUCGAUGGCAUGAGGGACAUUCUGAGGCAGCACGACCUACACACACGCGUCCACUCACUGGAGAAGGAGACCAGCGGCCUACAAGGACAACUGCAGGGGGCGCUGCAAGUGAUGGCCAUGCAGACACGGUGGACGGCAGCAGGAGCACAGGAGCGCCCCCCAGUGGGGGAUGGCAUCCAUCGUGAAGACGAGUUGGCAGAGUGGAGACAGCAGAAGACUCAGCUGCUGGAGGAGACGGAGCAGCUCCGCACGUUUGCCCAAAGUCUGUCCAGCACCUUGAAGACCACCGAGGCGGACAAGGAGACCCUGGAGGGCCAGCUGUCCCAGCUGCAUUCGGAGGUCUUCAGUGCCCGCUGCAAUGAAAAUAAACUGCGGCAAGAGCUGCUGAAGGCCGAGGAGGAGCUGCGGGGCAGCAGGCAGGUCAAUGAGAAGCUGCUGCAUGACCUGACAGCACUGAGACAGAGCGCCAACUUGAGCAGUGAAGACGUGGGGCACCUGCGGAGUGAGAGGGAUGCCCUGAGUGCCCGUGUUGGUGCUCUGGAUGACGAGCGACACAGGCUGACAGCGCAGAAGGACUCGCUGAUCGAACUGCUUAAGAGGCGGCAGAUGGACUUCAUUGGCGAGGAUGCCAGCCUCAGAGCAGGCAUUUGUCCAUCCCCUUGUGUGCCAGCGACAUCACCAGGUCUCACCUCUGGUCACUGGACCGCUGCAGAUAGACCAAGCGAGCAGAGUCCUGAGGAGGUGCAAACUGAGGGUAUCGAUGCCCCAGAGAUGCCCUGUCCAGUGAGGUCAGUUCAGGAGGCACCUGAGGACGAGAUUGCUGGACAUCUCCGAGGCAGUGCCCAGAGUCAGACGAGCUGCAGCUGGCAUCUAGGAGGGGCACUGGAGAGUAAUGACAAGAUGGGGAGUGCCAGGGGGCAUCAAGCCAAGGAGAUUCUGCAGAACCAGAAGGCAUUUCUGUCCAGACUGGUCCUCUCACAGUCUGGCCUGAGGCAGGUGUUGGCUCAAAAUGUGGGUGCCACGUGGAUAAGUCCUUCUGGGAGGUUUGCCCGUGAAGCUGAAGAAGCGAGUGGACACACGAGUGCCAAUAAAGUUGGCUGCCAGCAUUCCCUACACCUCCUAUUCUUGGCCUGCUGCUCAGUUGGCACACACAGACGGGAGUGCAGAUUCACAAGCAGCAGAGCAGCAUUGGGCGUGCGUUGGGUCACACGUGGAUUUCUAUCUCACGAUGAUCAGCAGGUCCCCAGCUUGGAGGAGCAAAGGGCAGCAGACGAUGGCAUCACAUCAAAUGAAGAGCUCCAUGGUGACAUGACCAUAAGGACAGGUCUCAGCCAAGGCCUGCCAAUGAGCACAAACGUGAAGGAAGGUGGCAAAGCAGAGAACCCUAUGGAGGCCCCUGGCAUCUCAACACAAGAGGACAAGCAGCAGGAACAGAAGGUUCCGGAAGACAAAUGGCCACUACAGGCAGAAGACUACCUCAAGGUGAACCAGGUCACCGCCUUAGUGAUUGAGUUGAAGCAGAUGCGCCAGGCGUACAAAGCCCUGCUGGCCAAGUCGAACACCGCAGAAGACGUGGCGGCCAUCGAGUGGGUGCGGAGAUCACAGGUCAUCCGGGACUGCGUGGACAGCAUCAGAGCAAACGAGGAGCGGCUGCGCCUCCUGGAGGACGAGAACCGCCGGCUGCGAGGACAGGCCACCCGAGAGCAGCGUGCCCGGCUCAGGCAGGAAGUCACCGCCCUGCAGCUGGCGAUUCACCACCCAAACCACUCGUUGGCCAAUUUUGGGGUCCAGGUCAGGGUGCCAGAGGACAGAAAUGAAGAUCUGCUGGGAGGCAACACAAGUGUGGGGGAACGGUGACUGGCAGAUGGACCCCCUAUCUGGGCAGGGACCAAACCCCUAAGGCUGAGUGAAGUGAUUGGGCCUGCAUGUGAAAGGCGCUAUAUUGCCCAUGACUCCCGGGGGUCGGCCCCCAAAGGGCAUGCCCAUUUCACCCAUUUUGCUUGUCGUCUUAGAGGGUCCAGGCUAGGGGGCUGUUAAAGCCCACUGAGACCUUCCUCGUGUGAUUCUGUGCAUUGUCCUUUGUCAUUAAAAACAGCAGAUAUGUUACGA